AUGGAGACAUUACCGUAUCACCCAUUACUUGAAAUCAGUAAAAAGGAAGUGGAAAUCGUUCGUCGGCAUCUUAAUUUAGAUAUAAACACAAUUAAAAAGAAUUUGGACGCAAUCGAAGAAUGGGGCAAGAAACAAGAUCAUUUGGCUGAAGCAUUUAAAUACCUAGAUCGCAACAUGUUAGAAAGGCUGCAUCUACUAGGAAGAGGAUCUGUGGAAAUGACCAAAACGAGAAUCGACAAAUUGUUGACAACAAGAGGGAUGUUACCUGAGAUAUGUCUGAAUAGAUCUGUUGAAGAGUUUAAAGAUAUUUCGGAAUCGGUAAAUUUCGUAAUUUUACCUAAACUGAGCCCAACAGAUCAAUCGAGAAUCAUAGUGACACAGAUAAGAAAUUUGGAAAAAUUUUCUUUAAUAGCUCACAUGAGAUACUGUUUUAUGAUUGCAGAAUACAGAAUGAACUUCGAGUACAAUAUGUCUGAAAGGCACAUCUUAGACCUACAACAUGUUAAUAGUGUGAGCGCUAUUACAAAACUAAAUCCGAUUCUCCUGAAGAAAGCUGAAAUAUUGUGUACAGGUGGUUACGGAAUAAGAAUAAGUGGUAUUCAUAUCCUGAAUGCACCAUCGUUUGUGGAUAAAAUUGUAUUCUUAAUCAAACAAGGGCUCAAGGAAAAGGUUGCGAAUAGACUUCAGGUUCACAGUUCUUAUGAAGAAUUGCAUAAGGAAGUACCUAAAGAUGUUUUACCAGAGGACUAUGGUGGUGAUCUACCUAGCUGUUCAAAAUUAGAAGAACAAUGGCAGAGCAUUCUUAAGACGGAAGAAGCGCAGAACCUAAUCGGGAUAUGCAAUAAGCUAGUGGCGGACGAGACGAAACGAAGUGCCUUUAAAUUUAACGAAGAAUACUUGGGAAUGCCUGGCUCUUUUAGAAAAUUAACCGUAGAUUAAAGAACACACUACUUUUCAGAUCUAAUAAUAACUUAAGUAUUUUUAAGCAACUCAGGUAUCAUUUUCUGAAAUUAAAGUAGGUAACCUACCUUUUAUAAGGACAUAUAAGAAUAAUUAUAACAAUGAUAAAAAAG